CGGGGGCCUCCGGGGCGGAGGCGCGGGCGCGGUUGGAGGCGGCUCAGCGGCGGCUAGCAACUCUGGAGGCGGAGAAGUCCAGCGCUGAGGAGCGGCUGGCUGCCGCACUGCAGCGGGAGGAGCGGCAGCGGGGCGAGGCGGAGGCGGCGCAGCGGGAGGCGCAUGAGAAGCUGUGGGACGCGGAGGAGCGGGUCCGCACACUGCUGGAGGAGCGGGACGAGCUCAUGACGCGGCUGGAGGCGGCCCUAGCGCGGCUCAACAGCACCAGCAACAACAACACCGCCAGCGGGCACCUGCAGCAACAACACCUCAGCCGCAGAGCCUCCACCGCUGCGCUGCCCGCCGCUGCAGCUACCACAGCUGCGCCGGGGCCGGGGUCGGGUGCGGGCGCGGGGGGGGCGAAAGCAGGGGCCGGAGACCACCCGGGCAGCGGGAACGAGGGGCGGGAACAGCUAGCAGACGGUGUUGAUGGAGGAGGAGGGGAAGCUGGCACGAGCAGCAGACACUGGCUGACGACUGUGGAAGAAGACGAGCUGGAUGGCUUGUUAAACGCGCUUGUACGGCAAGCGGCGGCCUCCUCUCGUGCCGGCGGAACCUCUGCCGCUGGCAGUGGCCGGAGACUCCCCACCGGCUUGGACUCGGGCGGGAGCGGCAGCAGUGGCGUUGCCUCUGGUUCUGCUGCUGCGGGCGGGGUGGUGGACCCCGCAGCGGUUGCUCGCGCGCUGGAGGUGUUGCAGGGGCGGCUGCGGGCUGCUGAGGCGGCGCGGGAGGGCGCGGCGGAGGCGCUGUGUGCGGCGCUGCAGCGGGCGGAUGCGGCGGCGGCGGACGCGGCGGAGGCCCCGGGUCUGCGGCGGCAGCUGGAGGAGGCGAGCGGCAAGCUGGACUUCCUGCUGGAGCUGCUGGGCGAACGCAACGAGCUCAUAGAGCAGUUGCAGGAGGACAUCCGGGAGAUGAAGGCCAUCUUCUGGAAGCAGCUGGAGGAGUGUGUGGGGCAGCUCACCGCCGCGCAGCAGGAGGCGGCCCGGCUCAGAUCGGCCUCGCAAGGGGGGGCGGGAGCGCCCGCUGCGACUGCAGCUGGCAACGGUGGGGGUGGGGGGACGAGCGGAGGAGGAGCAGCAGCAGCAGAUGG